AUGUCAUUUAGUAUAAGUAAUUUUCUGAGUGAUCCAUUUGCUAUAACCACCGUAUCAUUUGGAUUAAUUUCCGCCAUUAUUGCCAUAGCAGGAGCAGGAGCAGCUAAUCAAUCGGAUUUCCCACAUUUUUCAUGGUGGGGGAUAGUAUAUCAAAUUGUUGUUAUAAUCAUAAUAUUAUUACUUUAUUUAUGUAAUACUAUUGAAUUAUAUAAGUUCACUUUGGUUGGAUUAAUCAGUAUUGCCUUUAUUUAUAAUACCAACUCGAUUAAUUGGUUAAUUUAUACAACCAAUGAUAGUGGGUUUUUAUGUUGUGCAGCAGGAUGUAUUUUAUUAAGCAUCGUUAACUUAAUCUGGAUAUUAUAUUUUGGAGGACACCCAGAAUCACCAACAAAUCAAUUUAUUGAUAGUUUCAGUUUGAAAUCUCACAAUCACGGACAUUUGAAUUCAAAUCAUAAUUUAGAUGAUGAUAACUAUGUCAACGUAAACCCAGUUACUUUACCUCAUCAUUCUUCCUCUUCAAACUUACAAGUUGGGUCUCCACAAUUUCAAGAUAAUAACUUAAGACAAUCCCAAUUAACCACCAAUAAUAGAUCAACAAAUACUCCUUAUAUGUCCAGUUCCCAAUUGAACGGUUUAGAAAACUUUUCUUCCUCAGACGUUAGAGAUUUGAAUAACUCAAAUCCUCCAAACUCUUUUAGAUAUAAAGCAAAAGCUUUAUACAGUUACGACGCUAACCCAGAAGAUAUUAAUGAAAUUUCCUUCUUUAAAGAUGAAAUCUUAGAAGUCGAAGAUAUCGAAGGUAAAUGGUGGCAAGCAAGACGCUCAAAUGGUCAAGUUGGAAUCUGUCCUUCUAAUUAUGUUAAACUUUUAGAUUAG